GGCAGCGUUUCCUUAUCCAGUGUGGUAUGAAUACAAUGAAUAUGAUGAUGUGAUUUUUCCUUUCAGCUCUCAGAACUGGUUCUCAGUGCUCUGAAUCAGAAUCUGGUUCAGUUCACACUCAGACCAGGAGUCCAGAUCACAGUAUACGCUGCCCAUUUAUCAGCAGCGCCUUUAGUGGACACAAGUGACAAUCACAGUGGCUCAGCUAUGCUAAUGCUCCUGUCUGUGGUGGUGGCGGGUUUAGCGGUGUUCCUCAUCUAUAAAUUCAAAAGGAAGAUCCCAGGCCUCCACGUCUAUGCAGCGAUGCAGGACGAAAAAGAGCAAGAAAUGAUCCAGAGUCCAGUUUCUCCCACUGACAGCACACCCAGCUGCAGUUCUCAGAGAGAACUGCUCACAUCACUGGAGCCUCUGGACACAGAGCCCAACACUCAGACCAUCGAGUGCAUCAAACCUCAUCCACGUGUCAAAUUCUCAUCAGAUCUUCCUACAUACAUUGACGUUUGAACUCUAGCCUCCGCCAUGUCAAGGACUUUGGUCAUGCGGACACAAAGGUUUCAAGCUUUAUUCAGUACCUGUGCAUGUUGGACAUUAACUUUACUGUGCUCAGUGAAUACUAGAACAAACUUUGUACAGCUUUUUUAUACAUCUGUGUAUUCAAGAAAACAUUUUUGAUGCUGUUAAUUUCUAAAGAUGCCAGUGUGUACAAAGUCUGAGGGAAAAUCCAGCAUGAAGCGUGGAAAAAACGACAAUUAUACUUGGUUACCCGUCUGUUUAUUUUUAUUGUAAACAGUGCCAGUACAGUAUUCAUGAGCGUAAAACAGGGAUAUGUGACAUUUUGAAAGUGUUUUAAUAACAAAAUGUAAAAUAAUUAAUGAUUAUUGUAAAAUGAAACGUUUCCUGGGUUUCAUUUUGUAAAACUAUAUCUAGCACAUCUGUACUUUACAUGUAACACAGAAAUGUAGAUUUUACCACUAAUUUUAUGAGUUUCAUGAAACUUUAUUCAUGAAACAGGGUUAAUGUUGAAGCUUGUUUAUCUUGUUUUACUUCUCUGCAAUAUCAAAGUAUUUUUUCUUAGUAAAAUAAAAUCUUUGUGUUUCUAUGUAGAAAUAACUGACUGUUGGUUUACAGAUACAUAUCAGUGUCAAAAUAUGCUGUGUAAACUGACUUGAGACGUUAUGGCCAAGCUCAAGAUGAUAAUCGUAUACUGUCUAGUGUUUCAUAAACAGUUUUGUAUGGAAUAAUUUAUGUGUACUCACAGAGAGUUACAUGAUUUAUGCUUUCAUUUUGCUUGUUUAUUUGUUAUUUUUUGUGCAUUUAAAUUCAGUCAUGACGUACCAAAAGUGAACUGUACAGGCUGACGGAUAUGAAUGUAUGAAUGUGUAAGUACAUAUUUAAAACUUUUUUAAUUUAUUUUUACUUUCCCUCUUUAUGAGCAGUAUAAAAUCACAGGGAAGCCACGAUCAGUUGAUGAACUGACUAGCACUA